UGUGCUCACAGUCAAAUUCGAUCGGCCGUCGCAGCAAGUUCGCGAGUUCGAGCAGCGGCGCACAGCGAGAAAAAAUAGCAGCGAGAAAAGUCGCUGACGCCGAGGGCGGCUCCUUUUUUGGCUUCGAGUAAAAAAAAAAGGGCGCGCGAGUGGAGUUUCGCGAUUAACGGAUCUUGAUCCUAGACGAACUAGUUUUGAGAUUGCGCAAUUCAAACCGCGUAAAUCGCGAAAAAGCAACUGUUUUAGUGCGCGUCGUCGAGUGAAAUUCGAUAGCAAAAGGCAAAACGACAAUCGGCGGCUCUGAAAAGCCGUUUUAAAAUACAAAAGCAACAAAAAUAUAUAAGAAAACUGAAAAGCAACUAACAUGGCGACCGUCGCCUGCGUUCGCUGCGCCCAACAAAAACAACAGCAACAACAACAGCAAAAUGGGGCGCAGGCGCAGCAGCAGCGACGCAACAGCCCGCGGAUUCUGCACAUUUACUGCGCGUGGGCGUUGAUCACUCUUUUGGCCGCCAGUUCCGCCGCCAUGGUCCAAAGUGCAGCGGUCUUUGGUGAUCUGCUGUCCCAUCCCACUUUCAAGCCACUUUGCAGUGCCCAGCACGAGCACUUCAUCGAGAGCGAAGGCAAAGAAUCUAGUCUCAUCAUCGAACUGAAGCCGGGCUCGUAUGGAGCGGAGAAUCCCUCCUGUUCCCGCAUCCUCAGUGCCCCGCCCAACUAUGGCUUCAUAGUGCGCCUUAUCCUGCCCAAAUUGCGGCACAGCCCGCCUCUGGAUGCGGCCACCACCAGGAGUCCGCCCACGAACAUCAUGGCCGCAGUGGCAGGGAGCAGCAACUCAUCCAAACUCCGGCGCACUGCCAAAUCCGGCGGAGUGAUGGAGUCCUCCGUCCCGCUAAACUCAACGAAGGGCAUCGUCUCAUCCACAAAUUCCCGGGUUGUGGGACGCACCUGCCCCCUGAACAUUUUCAGCUCGCUGGACCCGCACACGCCCCAGUGGCGAGUGGAUCCCUGCCAGCUGGAGGACACCGCCUCGGAGAUGGAGGACCCGGUGAGGCUCUUCCACGGUCGCGUCAAGAUCGUCUGGGAGCACGGCAAGCACUCGCUGCGCUCCAAGCUGAUGGUCACGGUUCUGGGCAAGGGCGAGCAGUGCAAGGAUGGCAGCAAGCAUCAGUGCUUGAAGAUCGGCGAUGAGCCCAUUCUGUGCAUCUCCAAGGAGCUGGCCUGCGACGGGAUCCGGCAUUGUCCUUAUAGCAACGAGUACGACAGCGAUGAGGACUACGAGCUGUGCUCGAAGCAGCAUCGCCCGGGAGCUGGCCACCUGCCCGCAGGCCUGGAGUCGGAUCUCUUCGAGCAGUUCGCCCUGGAAGUGUUCCGUAAUCUGUUUGCCAACGAUGCGCCCACGGCACCGGAGGAUUUGCCGCGCAACGGCAGCGAUGGAGGAGCCGGCGGCUCGGAUAACUCGACGGCCACGUCGACGACCACGUUGCGCAAAGUGCACACCAAAGACAUGAAGAAGCCGGGCGGCGAUGGUUCGCCCAACUCCAUUGGGCCCAGUUUGUCGACGGAGGGAGAGCUGCAGCGGCCGGAGAACGAUACGGCUGAGAUGGGAGCGGGCACGGGAGCGGGAAGUGGCUUCACCCGCCGCAACUCGACGCGAUCCGGCCUGCACUCGGACCUCUCGAAGUACGGGCCGUGGGGCUACCUGAUGCUCGGCAUGCUCCUGUGCGGCGGAGCCCUGCUCAUCUGCGGCCUCUGGGCCUCCGCAUCGCAGCAUGCGGUCAACAAUGAGCGGGAGGCGGCGCUGGCCGCUGCCAAUGGAGGAGCAGGUGGUGGCCAGGACCACCUGGGCGCCACCUCGCCGCCGAAUUACGAGGAGCUGGACCCACCGCCGGCCUAUUCGGUGCUCUUUCCCAACCAAAAGGCGGCCAGCAGCACCACCCUGAAUCUGGAUGCAGCGGCAGCAAGUACAACAACUGCAGCAGCAGCAGCGGCAGCGGCAGCAGCAGCAGCAGCAGCAACAGCUCUGUCAGGAGCAACACCCCGCGAUACCCCGCAGCAACAACAGCAGCAACAGCAACAGCAACAGGAACAGCCAACGAACUAGCUCGUAAGCCUGACAAGCAGGUGCAGCACCUGAUUAAAACUUAGUUCAUAAGAUACGCAACAUCACUCUGACUGACUCUGAUGCAAUUAGCUUAUAAAACCAAUUUAGUGAUAGCUUUAAGUGUGACUCUAUGUUAAAUGUUUGACUAUAUUAUGCUAACGAUUUACGAUUUACGAUUUAUGAUUUACCAAUCCAGCCGUCCUGUCAACGCCGCUGUCGCCUUCGGCAGAUGGCAGACCCAAUAAGUAGCUUCCGAUAAUUGAAAAUGUAAUAAUAAUGAUGAUUGUAAAAAAAAAAACAAACACUGCAGCUGCAGCAGCAUUAACUGACGAAUCGACUAACUUUUGUAAUUCUGUUAAUUUAAAAUUUAAUGUGAUAUAAAUUUAAAACUGAAUAAAAAGCAAAGUGUUUAAGUA